CAUUGGGAUGAAAAGUACACACGUAAUCUUUUGCUAUUACUAGUCCAAUCCAGCCUUGCACGAAUCAACUACUGCCAGCGUUUGUAAUUACUUUGAUGAAUAUUGUCACUACAUUGUUAAGUAGCUUUUUUUUCAAAACAGCCCACACAAAGGUGUUGGCCGCAUUUAGAGCUCAUAGGCAACUGUAUACCCUAAAGAAUUGUGGAUUUAUGAGUAGUGCUCCCUGUUCACUUGUUCGAUUACUUAAGCCUCUCUGAUACCUUAAGUAGGGACUGAAUUCCUCAGGGUAUGCCGUAUUUGCUUCUCACAUCCGAUCUUGAGGUGUUCUGACCUGAUAGCUGUCACUCAAAAUUCUCUUCUAUCCACAAUCAUGAAUUGGAUAGCUAGAAAGUCUAAUAUCCAAGGUGAUAUCUGGUGAGCACUUACAACCAUCCCCUUCCAAGAUAUCCUCUUACCAACCGUUUCCUCAUUAGGCCCGGACUGCCCAAAAGAUUCCAAACAUUUCUGUUUUUUAAGAUCAAGAAGCCAGGCGAGUUCAAGCAGCGGCUACGAUCUUUUGUGGAGAGCGGCGAUAUCACGACUGCGGAUAAAGCAUGUGAGAUGAAGGACAAGAUCCUCGCGGCGAAACUUCAAGCUCAAAAGUUGCGUCAACCAGCCAAGAUUUUGGCCUUGCCAGGUGUCAAUAUUGCCUUCGCCUCGACUGGUCUAGCAGCUGUAAGUUACUGCCCAUACCCGUAAAAAUAUGAAUGCCACUGCUGACGAAUUUCAUCAGCUGGGUAAAUUCUCCUUUAAAGAUGCUGAGGUGAAGCGAAAUAAAGAAUUCUACACAAAGUUCAAGAGUAAUCAACUUCGCGGUGGUUUGUUCAGGAAGGGCAUGUAUGAUGACCUCGUACAUGAGGGCUGGGAUAAUCCCCAGGAGAUUCGAGAUGAAUACACCCCAUCUAAGCGUUUGAUCGAUGGAGUAUUUUUGGUCACAUCCAGCCUCCAGAAGGAUUUGGAGAACAAGGUAAAUCGUGUCAAAGAACAUUUCCUCAAGGUGCAUGGCAGUGGUGAUGCCAAUACCUAUGAAAUCAGUAAUGACCCAGCAGUCCAAUUCACAUUUGUUAAACAAGGCAAAACUCGUCCGGAAAAAGGCAAAGAGCAGUGAGUACUCUCAAAAUAUCGAACGGGAUUCGAUAUAUUCUAAUCUAUAGCAUAGCUUCGGAUUUGAGGAUGGUAUCAGUCAACCGCUUAUCGAAGGCCUGGAUGAAGUGACACCUAAAGACAAGGAGCCCAAGUCUGUGAAGUCUGGGUAAGUGUUUCUUAAUAUUACUUUACCUAGAUCAUCUCGGCUGACCAAAGGGUGGCUUGCUUUGCAGAUUAAUCUUCGUGAAGCACGGUGGUAUACAAUGAAGCAGCCAGAUUGGGCGGAAGACGGGAGUUUCCUCGUUUUCCGAGAUCUGCAACAACUUGUUCCAGAGUUCGAUAAGUAAGUUGCCGUGCUUCUUUUAUGAAAAGCGAACUAAUCGAGACAUUAUUAGAUGGCUAGAAGACAACAAACAGCAUGCGCCAAACGCUGCGCUAUCUGAUGAUCCGAAAGAAAAGCUUGCUGCAUACCUAAUGGGCCGAUGGAAGAAUGGUGGGUAUUCCGACUUCGAUUUGAUCGUCCGUUAAUUGAUUAAUCAGGUACCCCCGUUCAUGAAAAUCCCCACAAUGAUAAAGAUAAGAACCUCUUCCAUUCCAACAACUUUGAUUUCCAUCCCGUCGAAAAACACGAUAAAUGUCCCUUCGCGGCCCAUAUCCGGAAGAUGCGACCUCGUGGAGACUUAGACCAUGAUCAUUCCGUCAUCAUCCGUCGCGGCAUUUCUUAUGGAGGUGAAGUAACGCCCAAAGAAAAGCUCGCACAAAAAUCGGAUAAUGAGAAACAGCGUGGGCUUCUGUUUGUCUGCUAUCAGAGCGAUAUCCGCGAGGGUUUCAACUUCUUAACUACUCGCUGGGCAAGCAAUCACCACUUUCCCGACCGCAAAGAUAAAUUUGUCGGUGAGCAUGGCCCUGGUAUUGACGCGAUUGUGGGUCAGCGACAGGAUAGCCACCCACCUCGCUCUAUCGGGCUACCAGAUGGUAAGGAUCCUACGGAGGCUCGCGUUGUGCUUGAACAAUGGGUGAUUCACAGAGGUGGUGAAUACUUCUUCUCGCCGAGUAUCAAAGCUCUCAAAGGAUAUUUGACCGAUGACCCUGAUUAUCCACCUGAGAUUACAGCUCCACGAGAUGUUGUAAUGUAAUUAUUCAUGAUCUGUUGGUGUGGGGUCUAUUGGGACAGAUUAGAACGUGUGGGGUUUGUUGAGAUCUAUACUAGGGUAUAGCAAUGUAUCAAAUGCUGCUUUUUUCUUUCUUUUAGAAAAGAAUUGAUGUGUUUCGAACGAUUGAAUCAGGCAAGAGGAUUUAACAUUAAAUUUGCCCACAUAGUUGCAACAGAAAGAAACCAGGGUCACGAGAUUGUCAUGUGUUGGAAAGUGAUUGGUUGUUCGGCAUUGUUACAUUUUAGUAUUUGACAAAUAUACAAUUCUUCUUGUGGAUACUAAUAACACAAUAUCAUGUGUGUGCAGUUCCGUACGUAUACGG